CAUUCCCACUCGGGCUCUCCUUCCACUCAGCACCGCCACUGCGCCAAGCCGGCCGGCCAGCGUCCAUCCAUCGCCCUGGUGGGAGCUUAGAAGGCGGCAGGCGAAGAGGGGUAGGAGGGGGGAGAGCCGAGAAGCAGAGGGGGUGUCAGGAGAGGGGCUCUGUCGAGCUGGCUCUGCACCGGUCCUAGGAGGGCUCGCAGAGGGGAGGGGAGACCAGGGUGACCCCCGAAGCGAUGGCCCUGCCCUCUAGAACAGCACUGCGUUAAGGCACCUCGGACCAGGACGAAACACCAACCCUCCCCCAUCCCAACUCCCUGCAAAAAAAAAAAAAAAAAAGCUGCACUCUCGGCUGCAGGCGAGGGGUUUCCAAACUCAGCCAAAGGCAGGGUGGAGGGAAAGGGAACCAGAAGCAGAGCAGCAGAUCUCUGGACCUGCGCUCUUUGAAGGCCUUCCCCCUGAGCGUGGGGGAGACGCGCACUCUGGUGGGGGGGGCGCUUGGGUCCCCCCCACCCCUCCCCACUCCGUCCUCUCCACCGCCGGCCUUCCCCUGGCCUCUCAUCCCUGCACGUGGCUUCCACCAUGACGGUGAUUUCUGGGGAGAACGUGGACGAGGCGUCGGCCACCCCAGGCCACCCCCAGGAAGGAAGCUACCCGCGGCUGGCGGACCACGAGGACCACGAGUGCUGCGAGCGCGUGGUGAUCAACAUCUCCGGGCUGCGCUUCGAGACGCAGCUCAAGACCCUGGCGCAGUUCCCCAACACGCUGCUGGGGAACCCCAAGAAGCGCAUGCGCUACUUCGACCCGCUGAGGAACGAGUACUUCUUCGACCGCAACCGGCCCAGCUUCGAUGCCAUCCUCUACUACUACCAGUCGGGGGGCCGGCUGCGGAGGCCGGUCAACGUGCCCCUGGACAUGUUCUCCGAGGAGAUCAAGUUCUAUGAGCUGGGCGAGGAGGCCAUGGAGAAGUUCCGGGAGGACGAGGGGUUCAUCAAGGAGGAGGAGCGCCCCCUGCCCGAGAAGGAGUACCAGCGCCAGGUGUGGCUGCUCUUCGAGUACCCAGAGAGCUCGGGGGCCGCCCGCGUCAUCGCCAUCGUCUCAGUCAUGGUCAUCCUCAUCUCCAUCGUCAUCUUUUGCCUGGAGACGCUGCCUGAGCUGAAGGAUGAUAAGGACUUCACGGGCACUGUCCACCGCAUCGACAACACCACGGUGAUCUACACCUCCAACUUCUUCACGGACCCCUUCUUCAUCGUGGAAACCCUGUGCAUCAUCUGGUUCUCCUUUGAGCUGGUGGUGCGCUUCUUCGCCUGCCCCAGCAAGGCGGACUUUUUCAAGAACAUCAUGAACUUCAUUGACAUCGUGGCCAUCAUCCCCUAUUUCAUCACCCUGGGCACCGAGAUAGCUGAGCAGGAGGGGAACCAGAAGGGCGAGCAGGCCACCUCGCUGGCCAUUCUCAGGGUCAUCCGCUUGGUAAGGGUUUUUAGAAUCUUCAAACUCUCCCGCCACUCUAAGGGCCUCCAGAUCCUGGGCCAGACCCUCAAGGCUAGUAUGCGAGAGCUAGGGCUGCUCAUCUUUUUCCUCUUCAUUGGGGUCAUACUGUUCUCGAGUGCAGUGUACUUUGCCGAGGCGGAAGAAGCUGAGUCGCACUUCUCCAGUAUCCCCGAUGCUUUCUGGUGGGCGGUGGUAUCCAUGACCACUGUAGGAUAUGGUGACAUGUACCCUGUGACAAUUGGAGGCAAGAUCGUGGGCUCCUUGUGUGCCAUCGCUGGUGUGCUGACAAUUGCCCUGCCCGUACCUGUCAUUGUGUCCAAUUUCAACUAUUUCUACCACCGAGAAACUGAGGGGGAAGAGCAGGCUCAGCUGCUCCACGUUAGCUCCCCUAACUUAGCCUCUGACAGUGACCUCAGUCGGCGCAGUUCCUCUACUCUCAGCAAAUCUGAGUACAUGGAGAUCGAAGAGGAUAUGAAUAAUAGCAUAGCCCAUUAUAGACAGGCCAACCUCAGAACUGGCAAUUGCACCACAGCCAACCAAAACUGCGUUAAUAAGAACAAGCUACUGACCGAUGUUUAAAAAGCCAAGCCAACAAAAAAGCCCCACUUAGCAGCUUGAAAGACUUAAAAGCAAAACAAAAGCCCUGGUGACCCAUGUCACUCUUUGUCGCUACUUUACUAGUCUUUGAAAGCUCUGUUUAACUGUCAAUGCAUUAAUUGCAUUGUGGAUUUUGGGGAUGGCCAACCAGAAGCUUUCAAGAUCCAUUAAAAAAACAACCUGUUUUCAUUUUAUUAAAAAUGGGAAAAGAAAGUGUAUUUUAUAAAACUGGUUUAAAAAAAAUUCAGUCCAUAAGCUAGUCUAGGUAAAAUAAGAUUCAUAUGCUUCCCCAGACCGAAACAUUUGUAAUCCCUGGGCUUCUUUAACUUUUUCUUUUCACUAAGAACCAGGUGAUCACUUAGAAAUAUAAAAUUAAAAGUUGCAUGGGACUCCAAUAAAAAAAAUCUUUGCAAACUGCACAGUACACUUAAGACAGUGCAUCUGUUGAUAUAUAAUAUGAUAUACCAGCUAAAGUGGGUAACGAACAAAUGUUAUUUUGGUCCACUGAACUGCAUAUUAUAAGGUGGGGAAAAAAAGCAAACAGAAUUACUUAAGACUGGUUCACAAAGCACCUUAUCAAUCUGAUGCUGGUCCUGGUCUUUAGGGGUUCUCCCUUUGUCCCAUUCUCCUUCUAUUCAAACUAUUCUCUAAGAAAUAGAUAAAAAAAAUAAUUGAUUCAUCUGCAGUGCUGCUAAGUUUCUCAACUGCAGGUGAGCCCAACACAGGUCUUGUCUCACUGGUCCUGUACCCUGACCCCUGGCCUCCAGAACUGGAUGUAAAACCUUAGCCUCCUUAUUGCAAGAGAGCACAAAUGGAGUUAAAUGUAAGCAUAUUUGAUUCUGAUAUUUAUUUUACAAUCGCAUGCCAAGAACGUUAACUCAGACAAUAGGGGAUAAGCUUACGUUUGAAUCAACUCUUCUAAAAAUAGAUCCUUUUUCAUUUGCAUUCACCAAAAGUGCACUCCUUUAUUUAUUAACUAUUUUAUUAGCAAAUAAAGUACUGUAUUUAAGUGCAUAUGUUAGUCAGAUGGGAACAAUAACUUUUUGGAGCUCAAAGCAUGUUCUCUUAUUCAGCAUUAUGGCCUAUUUGAUUAAGGUGUACCUUGAAUUAAUUAAUGCAUGAUUUCAGUAAAAAU